UAAACGGCCUCGACGCCCCGAGCACCCCGAGCACCCCGUUCCCCACUCCUCUCCUCUCCUCUCCUCACGGUCCUCACCUCGGGCGUCAUCCAUCAACCAGGAUACGUUGCGAUCAGCUAUCCCUGUCCUGAACCGCAAGUCUCGAACUCGAAUCUUGCUUGCCAUCCCCCUGAAUAUAAUGCCGACCUACCUCCUCCACGGCUUCCGCUGGCUUCGUGCCAACAUCCGCAUACACAUCAUCCUCAAUGACCUCGAAGAUGCCGCCGCCGAAUGGAUCGUGGCCCCCGCCACCUCCAUCACGCUGCUCAACUCCUUCUACUCCCUGUACGAUUUCCUGCCUCCCAGCAUCCCGCCCCAACCCACCUACCCUCCGCCGCCGCCCAUCCCCCCGGACGAGCUCUUUCCCCCUCCCGACGAGCUCGCGCCGCCGAAAUCCCUCUCGAAGAAAAACUCCCGCUCCAUGGUCUCCCUGAGAUCGCUUGCGCGGCGGCAGAAGCCGGUGAAUCUGGAGAGGCCGAUGACGGGGCGGCCGCCGACGAGAGCAUCAAAUACGCUCGAGGUGAGGAAGGCGAGUGCUCCUUCGACGGAGGGGAGCUUUACGCCGAAUCGGCCUCAGCAUUCGCGCUCUAAUAGUGUGAAGAAGGGGCCGUCGUUCAAUGACUGGAGUGUGGUGAAGCUGGUGGAGCAGUAUGAUCCCAUGGAUAUGUAUUCGACGAGCCAGCCGUACGCGUAUGUAGCCGAUUACAUGGUGGAGGUUACGCUGGGGGCUUCUCUGUCAGAUGAGAUAAAUAAGUACGAGGCGAAGGUGAGGAAAGAGGAGGGGCCGCUGGACCCAUCAGGGAGCGCUGGCUACCCCGAUAUGUUAGGUACGGCGGGAGAUCUUGCGAGCCCGGGAUUCAGUGCCCGAGAUCUGAGACGGAAGAGCAGACGCCUCGGCUGGUUUGAAAAACUCAGAGACGAGUUGCAGAAGGGGGUGGAUAUUGGUUGGUAUGUGGUGGUCUGCGGGGACGAGGAGAGAGUUACGCCGUCGGUGGAGGCCCUCCGUGGGAGGUACAGCGGAAGGCCGAGCACGGCGAGCGAGACUAGUUCUCAAAGGAUGCCACGGAGUACUGGAUUCAAAGGGAUCUUCAGAAAGAGGAGUACCGUGGAGGAGUGAUUUGGAUGUCUUUAUACUUGGAACUUUAGCGUGGUGUUGGAGGAUAUCUCUCUUCAAAAAGUCACCGGAUUCAGGGGCGGCCAGGUAAUAUGUAAAAUAUAUGGAGGAACAAUGCGACUUCACUAUAAUCUCUUACCCGGCUUUAUCAUUGCUUCCCCUCGUAAUCUCUCUUCCAGAUCCUAUCCCACUCUUCCUU